CGGACGGACGGACGGACGCAGUGUUCGCUCAGUGCGCCUCGGCUGCCGCGCUCUCUGUCUUUCUCUCUGCAUCUCCGUGCGUGUGCGCGCGUGUCGCCCUCAGUCCUGUCCUGUCCUGUCCGGAUUCGGGGGUCGAGGUGGAGGCAUGUAGCACCGGAUUCACCGGAUCCAGCGCGCCGAGCAGCAUGUAGCACCUGGAGCGCCGCACACAUCGCCGCCCUCCGCCGUCUUCUCUCCCUCCCGGAGCGGUCAUUUCUCCUCGCGGGGACAGCAUCGCCUGCGCAAGGAUUUUCGGGGAUUUUUUUGGGGGUGGGUGGGGGGAUUUAUUUAUUUUAGAGGAGUGUUUGUGUGUGUUCAUCCCCGCCGCUCUGCACCUCUCGGUCGAUGGUCGUUGAGGAAGCUUCCAUCUUGAGUCCCGUAAAUACCGAGAGAACCAUGGCGAGCGACUCCCCUGCGCGGAGUCUGGACGAGAUAGACCUGUCUGCACUACGGGACCCGGCUGGUAUCUUUGAACUUGUUGAACUGGUUGGAAAUGGCACGUAUGGGCAGGUCUACAAGGGUCGCCAUGUCAAAACAGGCCAGCUUGCUGCUAUUAAGGUCAUGGACGUCACGGGGGAUGAGGAGGAGGAGAUUAAAGCAGAGAUCAACAUGUUAAAGAAGUACAGCCACCACAGGAACAUCGCAACCUAUUAUGGAGCCUUCAUCAAGAAGAACCCCCCUGGGAUGGAUGACCAGCUGUGGCUGGUGAUGGAGUUCUGCGGGGCCGGCUCGGUGACAGACCUCAUCAAAAACACCAAAGGGAACUCUCUGAAGGAGGAGUGGAUCGCCUACAUCUGCAGAGAGAUCCUCAGGGGUCUGACCCACCUCCACCAGCACAAGGUCAUCCACAGAGAUAUCAAGGGCCAGAACGUGCUGCUGACGGAGAACGCAGAGGUUAAACUAGUGGACUUUGGUGUGAGUGCUCAGCUGGAUCGUACGGUGGGACGGAGGAACACGUUUAUCGGCACGCCAUACUGGAUGGCCCCGGAGGUCAUCGCCUGUGACGAGAACCCCGACGCCACGUAUGACUUCAAGAGUGAUCUGUGGUCGCUCGGUAUCACAGCGAUAGAGAUGGCAGAGGGAGCACCACCUCUGUGUGACAUGCAUCCAAUGAGAGCGCUCUUCCUCAUCCCCAGAAAUCCUGCCCCCAGACUCAAGUCAAAGAAGUGGUCGAAGAAGUUCCAGUCUUUCAUAGAAAGCUGUCUGGUGAAGAGCCACAGUCAGAGGCCGAGCACCGAGCAGCUCCUCAAACACCCGUUCAUCAGGGACCUCCCCAACGAGCGGCAGGUCCGCAUCCAGCUGAAGGACCACAUCGACCGCACCAAGAAGAGGAGGGGGGAGAGGGAUGAGACAGAGUACGAGUACAGCGGGAGUGAGGAGGAGGAUGAAGAGAGGGACAUCGGAGAGCCCAGUUCCAUCAUCAACAUUCCCGGGGAGUCCACUCUGAGACGGGACUUCCUGCGCCUCCAGCUGGCCAAUAAGGAGCGGUCGGAGCUGAUCCGGCGUCAGCAGCUGGAGCAGCAGCAGAACGAGGAACACAAGCGCCAACUACUGGCCGAGAGGCAGAAACGUAUCGAGGAGCAGAAAGAACAGAGGCGACGGCUGGAGGAGCAACAGCGUCGAGAGCGAGAGAUGAGGAAGCAGCAGGAGCGAGAGCAGAGGAGGAGGUACGAAGAGAUGGAGCAACUCCGCCGGGAGGAGGAGAGGAGGCACGCAGAGAGAGAGCAGGAGUACAAGAGGAAGCAGAUAGAGGAGCAGCGGCAGGCCGAGCGGCUGCAGAGGCAGCUGCAGCAGGAGCGAGCGUACCUGGUGUCGCUGCAGCAGCAGCAGCAGGAGCCGCCGCGGCCGCCGCAGGACAAGAAGCAGCUGUACCACUACAAAGACCAGGCGCCCGGCAGCAACGACAAGCCCGCCUGGGCCAAAGAGGUGAUGCGUCGAGCUCAGAGCAACUCGCCUCGCAUCCCGCCCAAGAAAUAUCAUUCCUUCAAGGAGACGCGAGACGUCAACCUCGACAACCUCCUCUUACUUCCUGGUUACAAACCUCGCUCCCGCCCCCCUUCCUACCCGGCCCAUGUCAGUCCCUCCAGGGAUCACUUACACGUGCCUCGAAUACGUGUCACCUGUGUCCCCGGCCACACCCCCAGCUCCUCUCAGGCAGCGAUGCGUCGACGGAGCCCCGGCAGGAGCCCCGACUCCAGGGGCCGGAGCCCCGGCCGCCGGGUGGAGGAGCAUUAUAAGAUGAACAGACAGACUUCUCCUGCAUUGCAGCAUAAAGUCUCCAACCGGAUCUCGGACCCGUCGCUGCCGCCGCGCUCCGAGUCCUUCAGCAGCGGAGGCAUCCAGCAGGCCCGGACCCCGCCGAUGCACCGCUCCGUCGAGCCGCAGGUUCCUCAGAGGACCACCUCCAUCUCUCCUGCUCUGGUCAGGAAGCACUCUCCUGGAAAUGGACCUGGCCUGGGGCCUCGGGCUGGAGCUCACCUCAUACGGGCUAGCAACCCCGACCUGCGGAGGACCGAUGUUUCCAUGGAGACGCCCCUGAAGAGGACGAGCAGUGGCAGCUCCUCCAGCUCCAGCACCCCCAGCUCCCAGGGAGGCUCCAACGAACGAGGUAAUUCAGCCAUUAAGACUGAAGGCUCCACACUUUCUACCCACGAGACCAAAGACGACAGCAGGGAGGUGACACGACCCAGCAGGCCUGCAGACCUGACGGCUCUGGCCAAAGAGCUGCGAGAGCUGCGGCAGGGGGAGGAAACCAGCCGCCCGCCCGUCAAAGUGACGGACUACUCGUCGUCCAGUGAGGACUCUCACAGCAGCGAGGAUGAGGAGGGAGAGGGCGGCGCUAAUGACGGAACAGUGGCUGUCAGCGAUAUACCGCGCAUUAUGCCAGCAGCAAGUCAAGGUACCAAUGAGUCCUUCGGCAUGAUGGGAGGUCACAACGACGCCCACGACGACUCGUAUGGAAAUAGCUCCCAGGACAGCACCCUGAUGAUGCGCGAGUACGGGAUGGGAGGCGGCAGCGGCUCCAAGGCUUCCUUCACACCGUUUGUUGAUCCGAGGGUGUACGGCACCUCCCCGACUGAUGACGAUGAUAACAUCUCUGCCACAGCACUGUUUGCCGAUGAGCUGCUGAAACAUGAGCAGGAGCAGGCGAGGCUCAACGAGGCCAGAAAGAUCUCAGUGGUCAACGUCAACCCGACCAAUAUCAGACCGCACAGCGACACGCCCGAGAUCCGCAAAUACAAGAAACGCUUCAACUCUGAGAUCCUCUGUGCUGCCCUCUGGGGGGUGAAUCUGCUCGUGGGGACGGAGAACGGCCUGAUGUUGCUGGAUCGAAGCGGUCAAGGCAAAGUUUACAACCUGAUCAAUCGACGGCGCUUCCAACAGAUGGACGUGCUGGAAGGGCUCAACGUCCUGGUCACCAUCUCAGGGAAGAAGAACAAGCUGCGUGUUUACUACCUGUCCUGGCUGAGAAACAGGAUAUUACACAACGACCCUGAAGUGGAAAAGAAACAGGGUUGGAUCACUGUUGGGGAGCUGGAGGGCUGCGUACACUAUAAAGUCGUGAAGUAUGAGAGGAUUAAAUUUUUGGUGAUUGCUCUGAAGAACUCGGUGGAGAUCUACGCCUGGGCGCCUAAACCUUACCACAAGUUUAUGGCCUUCAAGUCGUUCACUGAUCUGCAGCAUCGCCCCCAGCUGGUCGAUCUGACUGUGGAGGAGGGACAGAGGUUAAAGGUCAUCUACGGCUCCAGCGUCGGCUUCCACGUCAUCGACGUGGACUCUGGCAACCCCUACGACAUCUACAUCCCCUCACAUAUUCAGGGUCAGGUGACCCCGCACGCCAUUGUGGUUCUGCCCAAGACGGACGGCAUGGAGAUGCUGCUGUGCUACGAGGACGAGGGCGUCUACGUCAACACCUACGGACGCAUCACCAAAGACGUGGUGCUGCAGUGGGGCGAGAUGCCCACCUCCGUCGCCUACAUCCACUCCAACCAGAUCAUGGGCUGGGGAGAGAAGGCCAUUGAGAUCCGCUCCGUGGAGACGGGACACCUCGACGGAGUUUUCAUGCACAAGCGAGCUCAGCGACUGAAGUUCCUGUCGGAGAGGAACGACAAGGUUUUCUUCGCCUCGGUGCGUUCUGGAGGCAGCAGUCAAGUCUUCUUCAUGACCCUGAACAGGAGCUCCAUGAUGAACUGGUAACACUUCUCCUUCGGCCCACACCCCUCCUCUUCUUCACUCUGAACUUCGCCCGACAUCUGGAGAGAGGGACGACGGGAUGGCAGGAGGAGAGUGAGUGUGUGUGUGUGUGUGUGUGUGCGUGCGUGUGUGUGUAUACAGUGUGUGUGCGUUUGUGGAGGAAAACAACGAGCUGCUGAACAGACGAUUGAGCAACUUGGAGGACGAGUUAAACCACAGGAGUGCGUCCCCCACAUUGAUCCCACUACAGGGGGCGCUACAGGCCCAUUGAUGGUGUCACCGCCUGCUGGGGGGCUCCACAUACAGAAGUGGACCAUGCCUUCUCCUUCCCUGUGGACUGUUCGUCUGGGCUGAUGGUUGUUCUUGAGAGUUUUGAUCCGGACUUUAAAGGACACUGACAUCAUGCCGAGUAGCCUUUGACCUCCCCAUCUGACUGAACGGGGAGCUGUAGAGAAGUCCUCUGUGUAGCACAUUAAUGAUUUCUCACAGGGUGUUCACACUGCGAGUACGAUUUGUCCUUCCACUCUGCGUGUUGGUGGUGAUGCAGGUGUGCUGACUGCGUUUAUUGCAGCGAAUCAGACAUCCUUUCCUGCGCUGUGUUAUAGCGACUAAACAUUGCUGGCUAUUACGGUAGCAUCAAAAGAAGAAGAAAACUUGAGCUUGUCACUGACCCAAAUAGUGGAUGCAACAUUUUUUGACAUGUGCUUAAGUCAAGUCUCUCAAUGUAAAAGUCACUCUGGGGUGAACCAAAGUCUCUUUGCAGGCGACUCGGUACAUCCACACUAAGCCGGCUGAAGUUUCUCCCUCCAACCUGUCCCUGUGUCCACACUAAUAAAACAAGCUACAUGCAACAACACACUCUGAGCAAAUGUUGGAAAACAGUGUCAGCCUGCGCAGACGCCAUCGUGGACUGUUCGGCAGUAAAGCUAAGAGGCAACUGCUGACCAGACGUUUUGGUUUUUGUUUGUAGUUCGUUCUCGAGAUGUCGAGUAAAGUCCUCUUGGCGAUGUGGGAUGUCAGGUUGUCAACUGUGCAAAAAAAUAAAAUAAAAUCUGCGAUCCACCACCACCGAUUAGAAGACCAACCGCUGCCCGCAUCUAACUUAUGAACCGACGAUGUAACUGCUGCUACGAGCAACAUCUACAAACCAUCCAGUCGAAAUACGGCACGAGCGUGCUCAUGUAAUGCUACGGCCAAACGGGGUGACGUGCAGGAAGGGGCUGGAUUUGGACUCACAGUUCAGCACGCAUUCAUCACACAAUCCGACAUGCCUCAAAACGAAUAUCGUUCAGUCUGACGCAGACUGUGACCCAGACUUUACUGAACACACCUCCUGUGAUAUGCAAUGAACACCAGAGUGUGUAGGCGCCUUAAAAAAAGCGAGAUCUUUUCAAAAACAACCUAAUGUGGACUCGUGUCAUUUUCAAGCUUUUCUGAAUCAGCCGGCAAAGUGUGGACAUUCAGCCUUUAACCUCUCCGAGCCACUGACCAAAUGUUGAAUUCAGAUUACAUACAUGAUGGUCUGUGGACGUCUUCUAGACCAACAUCUUGUAGCAAAAACUUAAGGGUGUCUUCUUCGCGCUGUCAGAUGCUUCAGAAUUGCUUCAGAAGGGGCUCCAUCAAAAUCUGUUGACCUCGUAAAGUCCAGCUGUGGCCGACAUGCGUGCUGUUUCCCUGAUCAUGACUCUGACGGUGUCACUCCCAGUGUGAACACUCACUUUGAGUGCUGCUGCCGAAACACCCUCUACGCCUGUUCCCCCAUUGGGUGAGAAAAAUCCGACAAACAAGCAGUUAGUGCCACAGGGGAAAUGAGAGAUUUCACACCUGUCGUUGAGGACGCUGCACUCUUGGUCUCAGCUCCUGUGGCUACUUUGUCCGGGUAUAUUUCUGGAAGGGAAGGAAGGCUGUAGAUAUUGUAUUAUUGCUGCAACAGCAACACAAAAUCUUCACAUCAUUUCUCACAAGAAGAACUUGGCGUAGAGUAGUUGCCAGCUUCUGGAAGUUUCUACUUUUGCUGCCCUUUGUUCUCGCCACCGUUUUCUGUCCCUGCUGUUCUGUGUUCACUGCACUUGUGUAAAUACUCACUUUGAUGUUAAGGGCAGACUCUGCAAAGCAGGUGAGAACACUGAGGAAAAAAAAAAUAACAGUCUCGCUUUUCUGUCAUCCCUCUGUAAAUCUGUCCGUUCUGUAGUUUCUCUCCGAUGGGAGGUUUUUUUUUUCUGACCAACGAGCCGAGCGAAGACUUACACAGAAGUUUGGUUUGGGUUCACUCUCCAAGUUAAUCUUUUUCCCCGUAGUCCAUCGCUGUUUAUUUAGUUGUGCAUUUUGCAUGGUGACAUACAUGUUUUGCAGUACCUGUCGUCACUCGUUAUGAAUGGUAAGUUUAAGGCAAUACACUGACUGCUCUGACUGCAGAAGCGAAGUGACUUCUGCUUGAGCCCUGAAGCGUUUUUCUCACAACACUGAGCUGUAAAUUGAAAGUUUUAACUUAGCUUAGCAUCGGGGCUUUUAUCUCACGAACAGUCAGAUAUGUCAAGAUUGUACACUGGAUAAUUCUACAUGUACCAUUAAGUUUAUAUUUCAGGCAUUGUGUGGAUGCUCACACCCAGAGCAGCUUCUAAAGAGCGAGCGAGCAGGAAGGGGCUCAGCAUCACUUUGGAUGACGUUUUCUAUAUUUUGCGGGGUUGACACUUUGAUGACGGUCCCCAGACACGCUGAUGUUUGCGGGACUGUGAGGCAGGCUGGGGGAGAAAAGAGGUUCAUCUUUUACUUGAUAUUUCUUUUACUGUUCAUUGAUCUUAAAGGAUGCGAUAGGUGUAAGCGAUGCCACUUUAAGGCCAGCUGAAGCCUUUUACAUGUGCAGGAUGUUAGCAUUAAUCAACACCCUGUGAAUAAAGGUCAGGAGGCAGGGUCAGUUGGAGGAAACAUAGAUAAAAAGAUAUAUAUACUGUAAGAAUUUUCGUUAUGAUGAUAUCUUGCUGAUCAUUUUAGAGAAAGACAAAAAAAUAAUGUUCACUUAUUAAAGCUUAGUUGUCUUUCUACAGAAUAGAGAACAUAGCUAUAAGAAUUUCUAAAAAAAAAAAUACAAUGUUUUUAUUGUGGUAUUAUUUGUAUUUGUAUUUCAAUUUUUGUACGUAUCAAGACUGUGAACGUAUGUACGGCUGUCAGCCUGUGAGUGUGCGUGUGUUUGAGUGUGUAGGUGAGCAGGUGUGUGCACAGGUGUGUGACAUGCAUGUGAGUGUAUGUUUUCACCUUGUCUGAAUCACUGGAAUCAGUCAAAAGACGACCUCAAUCUGGUAACACACAUCUGUGAUGUUGGAAAAUUCUACAAUAAAUGUCCUCUCCUUGU